AGUCAAGGGUGUCGCGGUGACCUUUGACCUCAACCUCGUUGCACAAAUCUUCAUAUCCAUCUUGCUGGCAUUCAUGGAGGCUUGAACUGCUGAGGUCCCUCGGGUCCUCCCCUGUUCACGCCAUUCUGCUCGACCGACCGACCGCGCAGGUUCUAUCACCACAGUUCCUCGCAAUUACCCCGCACCAUUUGCCGACAUAUAACUCUUUCUGAGGACAUGAUAUGGCGACCAACGCAGAGCUGCAGGAGCAAGAAAUCGAAGUGCUCAAGUCGAUCUUUACAGAAAACUUCAUCGAGUGUCCACCACCCACCGUGUGGAAGGGUGCUACCAGCGUCAAAGAAUUUAUCAUCCGAAUCAAUCAUCCCGAUCCGAAGCACCAGCGGAAGGUCAAUUGCCAACUCCACGUUCGACUACCUAAAACAUACCCCCACAAUGCAUCACCCCAGUUUACCAUACAACAGCCCCAGGGCCUUAGCUCUACCCAAGUUACCAAGCUCACCCACGUAAUCAAUACCGCCGUUCAGAAAAGCCGCGGUUCGGAGGCGGUCAUCUUCGACAUAUGUAAUCUCGUAGAAGAUUGGAUCGUAAAUAAUGCCACGCCCAUGCCCGAUGCCCCUGACCUGGCUACUCAGAUGAACAAGAGGGCGUCCGACGAGCAACGAGCGAAGCGCGAGCGCGAGCAGGCCGAAGCCGAACGGGAGCUGGAGCGGAAAGCGAUGAAUGCGCUAGCGGUCAACGCCGAGCUGGAGGCGGAAAAGGCGGAGCGUCAGAAGCAGCAAUCCCAACAAGAGCGUACCAUGGCUCGCAGCAGGGCGUUCUCGGACGCAACCGCGGUGCCUUCAGAACCGGCGAGCGACACCCCUACCUUGGUCUUCGACGAGUACGUCGCCGUAGACGGCGUGAAGUUCAACUCAGUCAGACUCUUCCAUCCACGCCAAGAAGGCCUCGGUACCACCUAUUUCGCCGAACCGGUUUGCGACGAGGCUACCGCCAAUGUCCUGCUCGAGGUGCAUAUUGUCAAUUUCGAGUCCUCGUACUACAGCACGUCGCCCGGGCGAAAGAAGCUCCGGAAUCUCGUCGAUGAGAUCAAGCGGCUCAUCCGGUUCGAGCAUCCGCAUGUGCAACGCGUAUAUGCCUGUAAGCUUACGAUGCCGAAUGCUGCUAUGGCUUCGAGACUCGCGGUUCUGAGCGAGAAGCGGCCCAAUAUGAGCUUGUUGGACGUUCUGGGAGACAACGACACCCUGAAAGAAGAGAAAGCAACCAUGUACCUCAAGCAGAUAUUGAAAGGGUUACGCGCACUCCACGAAGCGGAACUGUUGCAUCGCGGCGUCAGCCUUGAAUGUGUCUUCCUUGGUCAGCACGAACGUGCGACCGGUACACGCAUCGUCAAACUCGGCAGAGCCGGGUGGCCGGUGCGCAUCACGGACUUGCAUCGCUCCAAUCCGAUCUCAGACGGUGUUCCGUUGCCUGCCGAGGAGUUGCCGCUUCCCGAAGGCUGGCUCUCCCAAGAACUCGUGGAGUCUCCACUAGAACAUAAGAAGAUCACGGACGUGUACUACACCGGCGUCCUGCUUCUGCAGAUGCUCAUGGGUCGAGAGGUCGUCACCAAGUACCCGACACCCUAUGUUGCGCUCCAGUAUUCGGACAUUUCUCAGCCGCUUCAGCGAUUCAUUACGAAAACGCUUGGAAUGCCCUCCUACAGCAGAGCUCCGUGCGACACCCUUCUGUCUGAACUCGUUGAAGUCGGUAUCCAGCGCUCCCUAUCACCAGUCGUAACGACCUCGACUCCAACGGCCACGCCCCCGAUGGCAAUAGCUGGCGCCGGCCCGCGUACUCCUCAGCCUGCCAUGUUUUCUGGGUCCCCGGUGCAUGAUUACUUCCCUGCCGCCGUGCAGCGUUAUAGUCGGUACAAGAACGACUUCGAGGAGCUCGAAAUCAUCGGAAAGGGUGGUUUCGGGUCUGUUGUGAAGGUCCGGCAUAGGGUCGAUAACAAGAUCUACGCAGUGAAGAAGAUCAAGCUCCGGCCCGGACAGAGUACAGGCAAAAUCAACCGGGAGGUCGAGGCCUUGAGCCAGCUCACGCACCCAUACAUCGUCCGCUACUAUAACUCGUGGGUGGGCGAGCCCGAGCCGGAGCGAUUUCCAAACCCGAACUCGGAUGAGGAGUCCUACGGCGACGACACCACGGCGGACGGGAUCACCUCCGUCCAGGCGUCCCGGUCGAACUCGAACCAGACCCCCUCCACUUUCGACAGCAGCGGGAGCGACUUCUUGAAGCCCAACCUCGACGAUCUCACGUCGCGGACUGCGUCCGGGAGCAACUACACAUUCCCCACGAUACUAUUCGCUCGGUCAAGCUCAGGCGGGAAUAGUGCGAACGGAUCUUCGGACGAGGAAGAUGAUGAUGAGCCAGGCGAGGACGAGCUCAACCUUGGUAUCGACGAUGACUUGCUUGCGCCGAACGGCCCUGGAAACUCCUGGGCCCUGGCGCAUCGUCGGCCUCAGCCCGAACCACCCCGGAUGAUGUUUAUACAUAUGGAGUUCAUCGAGCGGCAAACACUUCGCGAGCGUAUCGAAGAAGGGCUCGACGAGAAGGAGUGCUGGAGGCUUUUCAACCAAAUUGUAGAAGCACUCGUGCACAUGUACAGCCAUGGAAUCGCUCAUCGUGACAUUAAGUGUGCCAACAUUUUUAUUGAUGCAAAGGGGGACUGCAAAGUCGGUGACUUCGGACUUGCGACAAUGAGUUCGGUCGCUGCUGGUCCGUCGGGUUUGUCGGCCAAGGCAGCCGUUACGCAGAACGAGAUGACACUCGAGGUUGGAACACGACUAUACAUCGCGCCCGAGGUGCUCUGCCCUUCAGGUGGUCGUCGAGAUUGGACCAAGGUAGAUAUGUACAGCCUAGGGAUCGUGUUUUUCGAGAUGAACCACCCGUUCUCGACGCAAACCGAACGUGUCAAGGUGAUCGAGAGCAUAAGAAAGCCAGAGAUAGAAUUUCCGGACACCUGGGAUGGCAAGAGGACCAGACAACAUGAUAUCAUCAAGUGGCUAUUGCAGCAUAAGCCUUCUGACCGGCCGUCAGCUGUUGAGCUGACUCAAAGCUCACUGUAUCCAUCUUUCUUGGGAGAUGAGCAAGUGAAGACUGCAAUGAAGAAAAUAGUCACCCCGGACUCGCCUCAUCUCCAGGUCCUUCUGGCCGCGUUGUUCGACAUGCCUGCGAAGCGUGCGCGGGGAUACUUGUACGACUCCGACGUAGAGUUGCCUGAGCAGACGACGCUGGACGGGGUGGUCGAGGAGCGGCUCAUCGACAUCUUCAAACUCCACGGUGCCAUACACGGAGAGCCCGCGCUGCUUCUGCCGCGCAUGAACACCGAAGAUGAAUCGAAGCGCGCCGUUUUCUUAGACAAGCAAGGCGAAGCUGUAUAUUUACCCGAUGAUAUGAUCGUACCCUUCGCUCGAUUGGCCGCGAGGGCAGGACACAAGCGAAUUAAACGAUAUCAUAUCGGCGAUGUGUUCAAGCCGGACACGCUGCCAGUCCAUCCGAAGACUUCGAAAGCUGCCGUGUUCGAUAUAAUCACACCGGAUACAGUUCUUGGCCCUGCCGUCGCCAUUGCGGAGGCAAUCACGGUGGUCUACGAAACUCUUGAGAGCUUCCCGGGUCUUGCCACGAGUUACGAUAUCCACAUAUCGCACUCAAUGAUCAUCGAUGCCACCCUGAACCGUGUACCCGCCAAUCUGAGGGAAUCAGUGGUUGAAAUCCUCAUGCAGCUGCGCUCCACCGCUCCACAGAAGCGCGCGUUGCUUCUGAAAAAGGGUUUGCCCCGAAGUACCGCCGAUGAACUAGAGGUCAUGUCCGAAGCAGACACGGACGUGGACUCCGUAUUGGCCAAGCUUGGACGCAUCUCGCCCACACUGACCAAGCUGAUCACUCCCAUGGCCGAGGAUAUUCGCUCCGUUUUAUCCUAUGUUGCGCUAGCCGGCGUGCCCGUGAACAUAUACUUCCGUCCCUUGAUGCUUAGCGAUCACCAUAGGAAGACCUUCAGGAACGGCGUCUGCUUCGAGGUCAUCAAACGCAACAAACGCACAGACGUCCUCGCCAUCGGUGGACGAUACGACACCCUCAUAUCCACCUUCACUCCGCCGAACCCGGACGCGCCGGCCACGUACGCAUGCGCGGUCGAGAUCUCGUUCGAGAAGAUCACGGCCGCGCUGGCGAUCUACCAGAACGCGACCGUGAAGAACCUGAUCAGGGAUCAGCGCUCCUUCGGGUUCUGGUCCCCGCGCCGGUGCGACGUGUACGUCGUGAGCUUCACGCCCGGGCAUAUGCAGGACAGGCUGGAGGUCGCGGCUUUGCUGUGGAGGCAUAACAUUAGCGCCGACGUCAUGUACGAGUCCGGGGUCGCGGACGCGGAGAAUCAUGUAGCGCAGUGUUUGGAGGAGGGCAUCUUGUUCAUCGUUUAUCCUCGGGCUCGGAUGGCCAAUAAGCGAGACGUCCCGGCGUUCAAGGUGAAGAGUGUACUCAAGGGCACCGAGUAUGACCUCUCGAAGCACGAACUCGUGGAAUGGCUUCAAGAGCAAAUCGCGGAACAGAAGCGCAUCGACGCGACGACGUCCGGGGUGAUGAAGAACUUCGAUGCGCCAGCAAGUGGGGUCGCCAGCAAGGAGCCUACCGCCUCCAAGCCGGACGUGCAGCUGCUGCUCCCUAUGGAGGUCAAGAAGCAGCGCAAGACGACGAAACAUAUGUUCACUGAGCGAGCUUUCGACGUCGCUACGGAAGUCAAGACCUCUAUACAGAACGGCAUCACGACUCUCGCCGUCGACGUGCCGAGCUCCGUGUUUGACAUCAUGACCCGCAACGCGGCCUGGCUUACGGACGAGGACGUCUGGCGAUCCUUGCUGGCCGCUUUCCCGAUACCUCAGCCUGGCUACGCCCAACAGGUUCGCCAGGCGGCGCUGAACCGCAAGGCGGACGGUCAGCGAUAUCUGCUGCUGGUAUCGGUCAGAGACGAGCGAGUCGGGUUGCUGACUCUAGGAUGAUGCUACGAUUUGCUACGACUCGAACCGAACGGACGAGAUGCAGGCACGUUUUCACGAUCAAGGGACUGUUCUACAACGGCACAAGUAUAUUCUACUGCUACACACACAGACUAUUUAUUUCAGUCAUAUCAGCCAUAUCAUGUCGAUACCCGUGUCGCCUUCACGCCGACGAGAAUGUACGCAUACAAACAGGGGCUUUUCGUUCACAAUCCCAAUGUUAUUCUCAGAUU